UUGUUGAUUUACCCAUCUUAUUCUGAUGUAUGUGGUCAAUGGUCUGUGUGUGUGAGAGAGAGGGGGAGGGAGAGAGAUAGAGAGAUGGGAAACAUGGGAGAGAGGGGAGAGAGAGAGAGAUUGUAAUUCUUGGUUUUUGGGUACAAAACUUUGAGCUGAGGGGAAGAGAAAUACUAUAAAACUGUAAAAGAUGGGAAGAAGUUGCAUUACCACUUUAUUCCCCCUCUAAAAUAUUUUGAUCAUUUGCUGUUCUCUCCACAUACCAUUAUUUUCUACUACAAAGGAAAAAAAACACAGACACACACAUGACACCCCCCCUCUCUCCCUAUCUAUAAGCUAUACACACACAUACAUGUAAGUACACAUGUGCACACACCUUUAUGUCUACUACAUUGUCCUCUUCUACAACCAGAAUCUCAUAGUAUUACUUUCACGCAUCACUGUUGUACCCUCUCUGCUUCUUCACCCCCUUGAGCUUCUUUGUUUUCUUUCUCAUUUUCUUCUUUCCUUGAGGACCCUUUCAUAUAUCUUAUACUAUAUAACAGAGAACUUGAGCUCAUAAUCUUUGUAGUUUUCUGGUUUGACUUGUGUUUGGAAACUUUAAGAAUGCUCAGAAACUUGGAUUUUCAUCUCUUCUUCAACUGUUUCAUCUACAUUACCUCAUAAAAAUCAUUUCUUUUCAUCUUCUCUUGGCUAACCAUAUAUAAAGAUUCAAACUUUCCUUGUUCUUGGCUUGUUUAAUUGAUGUAGCUCAAGGUUUUCUCCAUUGGCUUCACUUAAACAACAAUUUGAGGGAAGCCCAGAAGUUUACUACUUGCAGCUAGCUCUUUGUUUGUGCAAUUAGUAUUGUGUAUGUAUAUGCAAGAAGUUUUGAAACAAUGAGAGAUGGGAACUGCAAGAAAAGCAAGCUUUCAUGGCCUAAGACAUUGGUCAAGAAGUGGCUCAAUAUCAAGACCAAAACUGAGGACUUCCAUGCUGACAGUGAAGAUUUUGUUUAUGAAGGUGGUGAUCAAGAAUGGAGAAACAAUUUCUCAGAGAAGGAGGCAUGCACCAUCAAGAAAAGCAAAGCAGAUAGAUCAAGCAAGAAAAAUUCUGACAGGUUUCGACGCGGUAAAAUUGACCCUGAUGCUGCCCAAGUUACUGAUGUGAACAACUAUAGGAUAUUUGUAGCUACAUGGAAUGUGGCCGGAAAAUCCCCACCAAGUCAUUUGAAUCUGGAAGAUUGGCUACACACCUCUCCUCCUGCUGACAUCUAUGUUCUUGGGUUUCAAGAAAUAGUUCCUCUGAAUGCCGGAAAUGUCUUGGGCACUGAAGACAAUGGCCCUGCAAAAAAAUGGUUAGCCCUCAUCCGAAAUACUUUGAAUAGUCUUCCAGGCACAAAUGAUGGUUGUCGUACACCUUCACCCACCCCGGAUCCACUUGUGGAACUAGAUGCAGACUUUGAGAGAUCAACACAAAUAUCAUCAUCUUUCUUUAGCCGCCGUUCUUUUCAAUCAUUGAGCCGUAGCAUGAGGAUGAUGGGCAAUGAUGUGUCAAUGUCCCAACCUCGACUAGACCGUCGUUUUAGUGUAUGUGAUCGAGAUAUGUUUGGGGUGAAAUCAAGUAACUAUGAAACAAGUGUGGGGUGGAAUUGUUCCUCUGAAGAGGAAAGCGGUGAUUCCCCCUGCAGCAUUCACUAUUCUCCAAUGUCAUACAGUGGGUCUGUUUCAAUGGAUGAUGGAGAUAGACAACCAGGGAAUUCAAGGUACUGUUUGGUUUCCAGCAAACAGAUGGUUGGAAUUUUCCUCACAGUAUGGGUGAAAAGUGAUCUUAGGGAUUAUGUCCGGAACAUGAAAGUUUCCUGUGUAGGUAGAGGACUUAUGGGUUAUCUUGGAAACAAGGGUUCAAUUUCAAUUAGCAUGUCUUUACACCGAACAAGCUUCUGCUUCAUCUGUAGUCAUUUAACCUCAGGACAGAAGGAAGGAGAUGAGCUCAGGAGAAACUCUGACGUCCUGGAAAUUUUGAAAAAGACUAGGUUUCCUCGAGUUAAUGGCUUAGGGGAUGAGAAUUCUCCUCGGACAAUCCUUGAGCACGAUCGGAUCAUAUGGCUUGGAGAUUUGAAUUAUCGGAUUGCUCUGUCUUAUCGUACUGCAAAGGCCCUUGUAGAGAUGCGCAAUUGGAGGGCUUUGCUAGAAAAUGACCAGCUUCGAGUAGAGCAGAAGAGAGGGCGUGUCUUUGAAGGCUGGGAUGAGGGGAGAAUAUACUUUCCCCCGACGUACAAAUAUUCAAAUAACUCAGACAGAUAUGCAGGAGAUGAUAUGCACCCAAAAGAGAAGCGAAGAACUCCAGCAUGGUGUGAUCGCAUAUUGUGGUAUGGAAGAGGUCUGCAUCAAAUGUCUUAUGUUCGUGGCGAGUCUCGUUUCUCAGAUCAUAGACCAGUUUACAGCAUAUUUCUGGCUGAGGUUGAGUCUAUAAACCAUAGUAGAUUCAAAAGAAGAAUGAGUUGUUCCAGCUCGAGGAUUGAGGUGGAAGAGUUAUUGCCAUACUCAUAUGGAUACGGGGAACUAAAUUUCUUCCGAGAUAUGGAACAAUACUGAGUGCAAGAGCAUGCAAAAUCUUUUGGACUCGUUUCAGCAGAGAUGCAACAAUAUAUCCCUUCAGAAUUUAACCUUAUUAUGAGCAUAUCCUGGAGUUGGCUUCGCAUAUACCAAAUCCUUAAAGUUCUUCUACCAGAAGUCUUCUGCAGCAUAUCAAGACCCAUCGAAGCAUGCAUUAGGCAUGGCGGUAAUUCUAGUCGAUUAGGAUGAAUAAUAAUUUGACAACACUACUGAACAAAGUAUACUGAGAUAAUGGAGGAAUAGAGAUCUAACUUUAUACUUAGAGAUGAUUACAAGAAUGUUUUUUCCUCUCCUUUUUCUUGUAAUGCAAAAAUUAGUGGAAUAAUACAAAAUGCAGUUCAAGUACAGUUUAUGUUUAUGAGCAUGAAGCUUCAUUUGC